UUCGUAAUUCUGUUACUUGUUUUUACGUUAAACAACCGAACAGCAAACAAAUACGGACCAAACAAAUAAAGACGCACGAAGCACUUGGGAUUGUUUUUGCAGAACAUGGAGAUUUCUUCAUUAUCAACCCGAUGCUUCCUUCCUUCAUCCUCUUCUUCUUCUUCUUCUUCUGAUAUGACGCCGCUCAAGAAAGUUGGUGUCUCUCAUAGCUAUCAAGGCCCUGUAUCCAUGUCGAUAUUUACUAAUAAAAGAAGAUCCCAGCCUUCAGUUAAUCAAUGUGUAUCCUCAAGGCGUAAGAAAAACUCUGUCCAGGUGUUAUGCAGCAAGAAGAAUGAAAUUCCGAUAAUAGAGGCUAGGUCCAUGGAUGAAAUAUAUGAUACUUUGGCUGAACGUCUGGUGCCAACUGCAGCUUCAGGAACAAAUAAGAGUUUGACGCAUAUUGUGGGCUUAGCUGGGCCGCCAGGUGCUGGAAAGACCACCAUUGCUUCAGAGGUUGCUAAGCGUGUAAAUAAGUUAUGGCCCCAAAAAUCGUGCUCAUUUGAUUCUCAAGUUGAACCUCCAGAAAUUGCAGUGGUCCUUCCCAUGGAUGGUUUUCAUCUUUAUCGUCACCAGCUUGAUUCAAUGGAGAAUCCAAAGGAAGCCCAUGCAAGAAGGGGAGCUCCAUGGACGUUUAAUCCUGAUCUAUUCUUAAAAUGUCUGAAGACCCUGAGGGAACAGGGAUCAGUUUAUGCUCCAUCGUUUGACCAUGGUGUUGGAGACCCAGUCGAAGAUGAUAUCUUUGUUAAUGUUCAGCACAAAGUUGUCAUAGUGGAAGGCAAUUAUAUACUCCUGGAAGAAGGUACAUGGAAAGAUAUAUCAACAAUGUUAGAUGAAAAAUGGUUUGUUGAUGUUAACAUUGACGUAGCAAUGGAACGGGUUUUAAAGAGACACAUAUCAACCGGUAAAACCCCGGAGAUUGCCAAGCAGCGGAUCGAGUACAACGACAGACCAAAUGCAGAACUCAUUUACAAGUCAAAGAAAAACGCAGAUUUGAUAAUCAAAUCUGUUGCUCUUUAAAGGUCAAACUCACCAAUUUGUGAUGUAGAUAAAGCUCUGAAACACAAUAAAGACUGGAAAUUACAGACUACAUGUAGUGACUUUUCCAAGAACAGGAUGAGGAAGCUGAAGAAAGCAAACUUGGCGUAGAUAAUGUUUUUCUUAGAUUUAGUGCAAAAAUUAAUAUAGAAGGAAAAUGUCACAAGUUUUGCAAAAGCUGCUUGUUACUUUUAAAAGUUUUGCUGUUUCUCAAUUUUUGUUAGGUCUUCAUUGUUAGAUGUUUACGCCCUGCUAGUUAUUGUAAUGUAGCGGUUUCAGGCUACAGCCGCUCAUAAUCUCUAGUGUUAUGGUUUAUUCUACACCAA